UUUGGAUUGGUAUUCAUGUGUUUAGAGUCAACUACUUUAUUCAUCAAUGGGGUAAACGUGUUUUGAAGCAGGUUUUGUAAUACUCCUUUCAAAGGAGCGAAGUUUCCAACUUGCAUAAGUUAGAAAGCGAACUAAAAAUUCAGAAGAUUCUCAAAGGAAGUGCACCAAAGAUGUUUGCUCUUCGUAGUUCGUCCGCUACAAGUGGCUUACCCGGGGCUUGGAGAUGUACUGGACGAAGUAACGAGGAAAUGGUAGACAAAUUUGUUCAUAUGGGCGUUAUAAUAACUUCAGAAGUGGAAGAUGCUUUCAGGGCUGUCCCAAGGGGAGCGUUUGUGCCCCACGAUUUACAAGUCGAGGCCUACAUAGACUCACCGCUUCGCGGGGAACCACACGUUCAUUUGUCAGCUCCUCACAUGUACGCUACUGUUCUUGAAGCCUUACAGCUUUCUCCAGGUAUGAAGAAUUAUUCGCUGUAUCUUUUUUUUAAAUUGUGUGUUUUUAUUGAAGUAAAAUUACAUCAUGUCUGUCUGAUUAGCUGGCAGCUGUAUGGCCAAUUUCCGUUUUUGUGACUUACAGUCCAACUUUCAAUUUUGAAUUGCUGAUUUUUAAGCUAAACAAUUUUUUAUAACGGGACAGAGAAGGCGUACUGGAUUUCAUUUGUUUAUUCUAAGACUUGUUGAUUCUAAAGUCAAUGUCUAUAUCCUACAUGUGUUAGUGUGACAAUUUGCUGUUUUGAUACCGUCCAUAUCAAAGAGCGGAAGUAGACUUACCAAAUAAAGCCCUAUUUCUUUAUAUUAAUAGGUGGGAUUUGAACGUCCAGAAAAGGACUGUUGUUUACAGUAACUGAUGUUUUGACAACCUGCACAAAGUCAUCUUCAGAGUCAAAAUGACUAUUGCACAGGUUGUCGAACUGUUAGUCACGAUAUAUCAACAGGCCUAUCCAGGACUAUAAAAUUCAACCAAAUGAUAAUUUCCUCAGUGUUCUCACCAGGAUUUUGCCUUGGGGAGUCCCAGGGCCCCCCCUUCUGAGAAAUAGGGGCCCUGUAACAGUGUUCUCCUUAUCAGGCGGUAACUGGUAAAAUUUACCGCCUGAAGCAACACUUCUUACCGCCUGCAGCCGCUAAAAAAUAUGUAAGUUGUGAUCCGAUCCGAUCCCCACGAGAAAAUGAAUGAAUAUAUAAAAAAGUAUAACCACCUAAGAACAAAACACACGUAUAUACAGCCCAAAAAUAAUUAGCCUGCGAAAACAUCGGCGGCGAAGAGCGAGGAGAAACGGAUGUUUUCACAGGCUAAAAAAUAAUGCACAUGCAAGAACUUCUGUUUGCUUCCGCAGGCUGGCAACUUCGUGUGGCUUUUUGCAAGGCGCUUGCGCUUGAACCCAGCAAGACGCAAGAACUUCUUCCGUCGUUUUUACUUUCAUAAAUAUAUUUCAUGGAAAAUUUUGCAGACAAAAUUAUUCAACAGGUCAGAUCAAGGUCAAGUGAGGCGUUACGCUCAGUGUUUGAAUCGUUUACAUUUAUCGUUUGGCAAUGUUUUCAUUUUUAUCGUUUCUAUCCUUUUCAGUUUUCGUUUGUUUCCCUUCUUUCAGUAGCUGUUUGAAGGAGUUUCACAAACGAUCAUCGGGUCAUUUUGCGACAUCGCCGCAGACACGUGAAAAUUUAUUCUGAUAAUAAAAUAGCUGUGCCACUUUCUGUAUUUGUCAGCGGAUCACUAAUCUAUACUUUAGGCACAUAGUGUUUGAACAUUUAAAGGGACAGUGUCCCGAUUAUGCGCACGCGCGAGCGUCAUCUGUUUUUUCUUCAAAAGACAAUAGAACUGUUAAAUUGACUCGACAAGAUUUCCUUUCCUUAUAAAGUAAUAAAUAAUUGUCAUGUUUUCUUUGGAAUCGUGAUAUCCGUUGUGGCAGAAAUUCAACGCCUUUGGUUUGUUUUGCCAAGACUAUGGUAUUGUACUAUGAAAUGAUCGAAAUGUUCGAAACUACAGAUCGUUUUGUUAAACAAUCGCCUCACACGCUUUAUCUACCUUUGGAAAAGCUGAACGUUUGAAGUGUUCACUUUGCAGAAAAAGCAGAGAAAGCUGUUCGCUUUCUGCAGAGAAAGCUGUUCGCUUUCUCAGGCAACUUUUUACUUGCAUGAUAACCUUCUGCUGCCACAGAGUGAAUUAGUGUCAAGGCUACAAAAUGAUGUAACAAAAAGGCGACAAACACCACAAACUUCUUUCAGGUUAACACUUAUCAAGAAUUUCGUACGCCGUCUUGAGGCUUGCGGUAAUUUUGUAGCUUCUUGCGGUGAAGAUUUUUGACUUCUUUCGUUUCAAAGUUCUUGCAGGUAAAUCACAAAGGAUCCGCAAAAAUACGGCACUUUCGCUUCUUGCGGUGGCUUGCAUAUUCUUGUGGCGCAGCAACUUCUUACGCCACUUUUUGCACAUGCAUUUCUUUUGGACUGUACUGUAUAUACAGCUUUCCUUUUUAGGGACAUGCAUUUUGGAAUGAAACGUUUUAAUUUGUUGUCUAAAGAUAACACGACAGCAGAUUUGUGUAAAAUAUGUUUUAAAAUAUGGGAAUAAAAAAAUUUCCCAGUGACGGCAGGGUCCAUGUACCUCACUCCACCUGCCCACCCCCCCCCCCCCCCCCCCCCCCCCCNAAAAUUUAGGGAGAACCCUGCUGUAAGAACAUUAGGGGGACAAAGUUACUCGCGUCAACAAAAAACACGCAGUACGAAGAACCUGAGCCCGCACUCCAAAUUGUCUGUUACGUGAAGUACCUACCUGAUCCAAUAUGGCGGAAGAGGUGUUUACGAUUCGGAGGAGGAGUUUACGAUGUAGUGGGACGUGCGUGGGACCAAUGAAAGUAAAGGCAACAAAAUUAAAGACUUUGACUCAUUUGAUAUCAUGUUUUUUAUUUAUUCAAACAAACAGAAUGCUUUAGUGUUAGGUUGACCAUUAAAACUACUUAAGUCCGUUUGACUCGUAGCUUGCCCCUGCCCCCUAACGGGCGCAUCUUCUUGGUUUUAAUGCGCAAUUUCAGUUUUUCUUGCGGAAAUCCCGCAAGGCCGCGGCUUGGUGAGAACACUGUUUCCUACCUACUUAUGACAUGACUUCUGGGUUCCAACCAUUUACCAAGACAAUUUCUGAUAACAAUUUAAUAAUACAGUAUAAUGAAAAUGUUAUGUAUUUAAUAGUGACCUAGGUCACCAUUAGUUCAGAGAUCAGAAUGCACAAGCAAUAUUCUGGGAUAUUAUGAGUCUGAAUCCAAUGGAGGCUUAUGCUUGUUGCAACAUAAGAAAUUAUGUAAUAUCUUAAAUCUCAAUAUUAGACUUUCACCAUUAUUACAUUCUGUAAGUAGUGUACAUUCAUCACAAGUGGGUCAGUCAUGAGUAAACUGGUAGCUGCAUGAAUUUUUAAGUCUGGUUUCCAUAUGAUCACCCCGAUCAUCCCAUUUGCUCAAAUAAUGUUCAGACAAUUGGGACAAUCGCAAAUGACCCAGAUGACUGAGACAACCUCGAUUGCUUGGAUAGAGUUGAGUUCUAUCCGCACGAUCGUGUAAAUUUUGAAGCGAUCAUGUGGAAAUGCUCUCAGGUGACUGAGAUGAUCGGGAUGAUUUGGAUGAUCGAAGGCUAUCCCGGAAAUCAUCACUUUUAUUCCAGUAAUGGAGAAUACCGCUGAAGUUGGAAAAAUAAAGCAAAACUGUUCGCACUGCAUAUGGGUGCUAUUUGAAAUUAGAGAAACUCGCUGACAUCAAGUUCUUGAUGUGAUACUAUGUCUUUGUGGAACUCUUCUAGCUUCUCAAAGCUGCAAAAUCGAGAGAAAAUGUAAAUAGCAAGGUGCUAGGGUGGCUGUGCGAUUAAAAUCCAUCAUUAUGUUUGGCUUGUUUGCAAAACAUGCGCAAAAAUUCUGUUGUCUGACCCAGAGACAUCGCUGACGACUCCCAACUCUUUUCUUUGAAACAACUGGGGCGAUCAGGAUGAUCCGGAGGAUCAUAUGGAAAUCAGGCUUUAGCGUCCUAUUGGGAAACAAGGAGUGCUUACCAUUUGUAUGGCUCAGUAAUUCUGGGAAGAAUGCAAACUUAAUGGAACGUGACAUGCAGGUGGAAUGAUUUUCAAGAAAAAGGCAAUGCCAUGCGAGGUAUCGCCUUGUCAUCCGAGGUAUCACCCUAACCCUUGUAAACCUGCUUGUAAGGGCAGUUCCAUUAUUCUGUGCAAAAAAAUCCACUGAAAAUUCCAUUCACCUACAAUGAAUGAAACAAAUUUGGUGUAAGCAAGGCUGUGCUCUAAGAAAAUAAUAAUUAUACACUGCAAGCUGUACAUUGGAUAGGGAUCCCAAAACCUCUAAAUCCAUAAAACCAGAUUGCCCAGCAUUUAUGUUUGAUGCAAAACGUAAGAUAUCCUUGUCACCUUAAAACUAAAGUACAUUGCCAAGGGACACUGCUAGAACACAGAUACCCUGCAUUUGUUUUUCAACCUUUAUUCACCUUUAUUAGGUUUGUCAUUCCUCAACAUUGGCAGUGGCACAGGCUAUUUUUCCUGUUUAGCUGGUUACAUUCUUCAAAACCACGGUAUAAAUCAUGGCGUAGAACUUCAUGAAGAUCUGGUGCGGUUUGCUACGGAAAGAGUUGAGGAAUACCUACAGUUCUGUCCUGCUAUUGCCCAUGAUAUCUGUAUGCCCAAGUUUGUGGCUGGAAACUGCUUCAGAGUGGAUCCUUCAGGUUGUAACUAUGACAGGGUACAUUGUGGAGCAGCUUGUCCUCCCAAUAAAGUUCGGUUCAUUCUUGCAUUGACCAAGAUUGGUGGCUUUGCCAUUAUUCCUUGUAGAAACAAGGUAUGGUCGGUACAGUUUUGAUUUGUUUUUGAGAACGUUACUUUAGUUUAAUUUUACAAUAAUUAUAAUAUGGAUUUUGACAGUCUGUUGAUGAUUGAAAUCCUGAAGGCCUGUCCAUUGUUAUAGACCAGUACAUCAAAUUGUUUUUGUGUUUUAUUUCUGCAGCUGCUCAAGAUUGAACGAGUCUCAGAAACUGGGGUGAAACAGACUUGUAUCAGUGAUGUGAAUUUCGCACCACUUGUAGCAAUGCCAGAUUCUGACUCAAGUCUUCCCAAACUCUUUUUUCCGAAGGAAAAUCCAAAAAGAAGAGAAAAGGUUUGUUGAAAUGCUAACAACUGUUAGUGAAGUAAAUUGCAAUUGCUUUUGUGUGUUUACACAAAAAUGCUGCACAGUCGCGAGAUAAUUUAAUUUAUAUAUUUAGCAGAAUGCUGGACAAAGCACGCUUUAUUUUGGGCUUCAUUUUGUGAAGCCCAAAUUGAUAGUGGACUUACUUGAAGAACUCGACAGUGACUUUUGUAUUUUUAUUUAUUUUGUCAGAACACUCGUAUUUACCCUCCAUCCAAUGUACUGGUAAGUCGUGGAAAGGCCAGAACACUACUUGCUAAAUUGAGAGCUCUCCAAGAAGCAACUGGUAUGUAGCCUUAGAUAUCUAAGUUUCUGCAGGUGGGGUGGGGGGGGAGUGAUCUACAACCAACAAUUACCUGUGUUAAAGAAAUUUCUCAAUUAUUAUUGAGUUGCCUUGCGUGAUUUUUUUUCUCAUGCCAAAAUUCAAUUAACCUCUGUAGUCAGACACUUGCAGUAUGAAAGAGGUGUAAGAAUGUUACAGAGGUGCCGUGUCUGCAUUGUAGUUCAAACUGAAAUUCAGGUUAAUGAAUUUAAUGGUUUUGCACUUAGCUUUCUUUGAGAUUUCCUUUAUCUGUUAGACCCAAAUAAUUAUAAAAACUAGUAAAAACCAAAGGUUAGGAAGUGCAGGGGAGAUCAAUGCAAAGGUUUUGGCUCCAACAGUGGCUGUCCAAGCGUACCGUCAGAUUGCAUUCUAUGCAUUCUAUGCAUUCUAUGCAUUCGUUUCAUUCUUAUCAAAAGUCCAAAUGAAUCCUGGCUACAUACGUGCUGCCCUUGUCACUGUAAUAGCAACCUGGACAUUAGGAUUGUGGGCUCCUCCGGUUGCCCACAAAUUAUACACUGUAAUUAGUAUAGUCAUUAGAGCGGUUUUCACUUGACUGUCGUAAAACCAAAACCAAAGUAAAUACACUAGCCAACCAAAGGGCGUAGUAAAACCAAAACCAAACCAAUUCCUCAAUUACUUUCGACAGUCAAGUGAAAACCGCUCUAUUAUCAUUUACUAUUAUGAAUACCAUAAUGUCAACAAUUUCCUUUGUGACUCCUUCCCUAAUGCUAAUCAUUUGAGCAAUUAGCAGUUAGGAAAUCAAAGGAAAAGAGGAUGAUAAAAGAGAAUUAAGCAGGGUUGAAUUCAUUUUAACCUCAGAAGNCGGUUUUCACUUGACUGUCGUAAAACCAAAACCAAAGUAAAUACACUAGCCAACCAAAGGGCGUAGUAAAACCAAAACCAAACCAAUUCCUCAAUUACUUUCGACAGUCAAGUGAAAACCGCUCUAUUAUCAUUUACUAUUAUGAAUACCAUAAUGUCAACAAUUUCCUUUGUGACUCCUUCCCUAAUGCUAAUCAUUUGAGCAAUUAGCAGUUAGGAAAUCAAAGGAAAAGAGGAUGAUAAAAGAGAAUUAAGCAGGGUUGAAUUCAUUUUAACCUCAGAAGUUCAUUUUGGACUUCUACUGCAUUUAAGGUAUACAUAGGUUGUUAUAUACAUUGUGCUUACACUGUUAUUAUGGGAUUUCUGUAUUACUGAGGUUUGCAGAAGGACGGGUUCAACUACAUGUUUGCUUUUAGUGAUUUAUGUAACAAAUUUUAAGUCCUGAGACAUCAUGGGUCCCACUGAGUCUUGAAUUAAAUGUGCUUUUUAGCCAUUCUAACCAGACAGUUAAUACAGUUUAAUAUUUUAAUUAUAGUCUGUUUUAAGGCACAACAGAAAGUAAAUAAAAUAUAUGCAUUGUUAACAGGUUAAACCACAAGACCACAUCAGCCCUUUGGCUGCCACGAUUUUCAAUGAAACCUGCACUUGUGUUGAUGAUGAUGGUUAACAUUUUGUCUUCACAUUAAUUAGCAACCCUAACUUUAAUAACAUCAAAGCAAUUUUCUUUUUUUUUAUAGAGUGCUUACUUAUGUCUCAGUCUCUACCAGUGGCAUUUUGUUAUGUACCAUCACAACAACAAGUCCAGCAAUACUUUAGUAAGAAAACAAAGGCCAGGAAACAUUCCAGUGUGGUGGUAACUUCUCCUGUGGAUCAGAAGAUCUCUUUCUUUGGUUCAAGUGGUGGUGCUUCUGAAGCAGAUACAACAGGUCCUCAAAGCAUCUGGAACCAUUUGCAGAAGGACAAGUUAUGGCAGACUGUGUUAGAGUAUUACUACAGUCUUUGCAAUGUGUCCUAUCAAAAAAGGUGCCAGACAUUGGAUGUUUACUUAAGGAGAAAAGUGAGGCAUAAAAGUGAGAGAAGAGAAAGUAAAAAAGUUUUGUCAUAUGCUGAGAUUGCACGUAAGCUUGUUAUACUCAGUACAACAACACAGAGUGUUGUUUCGGUGCAAGAAUGUCAGGAGUCACUGGGAGACAAGAGUGAGUUACCAGUAGAGGAAGCGUUAAAUGCAGUGACUGGAUCUGCUAGUAGCUGCAGUAGUACAAAAGACUGCAGUGCAACUGUAGAUCAUAGCACUAACAGCACUCCUGAAGAUGUUACGGGCAGUACUUUUUGUAGUAAUUCAACUGAAGGAUUUGUAAGUCAUUCUGAUCAAGCUGAUAAAUUUAAUCAGCCAAACACAUCAAGUAAUAGUCACUCGCCAGAAAUGUGUUCUCAGAAAUUGUCUGGUGACAAGAAUGUUGCUGAUGAAGUGAGCUCCAUUGAGACAUGCAAAACUAGAAGUUCAUCAGGAUCAAAUGGUUCAAAAUAUACUGAAGUGCUUAUUGAGAUGGAAAGAGAACUUAUGGAGAGAUUGGCUACUUCGCCAUCAAGCAGGUGGUGUUUAAAUGACGAUCUUGUUCUUGUACACCUUUUGUGUGACAUUUGUGAGAAGUCCAGUCAAGGGAGAACCAAGGUAGGAAGUUUUCUAAGUGGUUUACAGCUGUAAAUUAUUUUGACUAGUGUGACCAACCGAAAAAAAAAAAAAAAAAACAGAACAACAACAACAAGAAGCUGACAUUUAAAGUGAUAGAGUUUUAGUCAUUUUUCGUUUUUCACAUGAUAGUAACUGUACAAGGUAGGAAGUUUUCUAAGUGGUUUACAGCUGUAAAUUAUUUUGACUAGUGUGACCAACCGAAAAAAAAAAAAAAAAACAGAACAACAACAACAAGAAGCUGACAUUUAAAGUGAUAGAGUUUUGGUCAUUUUUCGUUUUUCACAUGAUAGUAACUGUUGCAAGAUUUUGUGCCAGAACGAAAUUCUUGCUCUGGCACUCUUGUGUUAAAUAACCAAGACAUAUAUAGAAGAAGGAGCCAGGUUGAAUUUGUGCCAUUACAAAAGUCACAUGGUAUCAUGUAAACACCCUGUAAAUGAGCUAAAAUCGCAUUGGGGACAAGAGAACUAAUAGAAGCAGCUCUAAGGAGAUGAUUGAAUGCAUGUGCAAUGUUUGACUCUUGUGAGAUGUUUCAUAAAACUUGGAAAGCCCCUUACUGAGCAUGGAGUAGAAACAACUUCUGUUUGUUUCAGUCAUACCACUUUUUAAUUAGGCAAGGAGGUACAUGUGUGACCAUAGAUAAAUCAUAUUCAGACCUCUUUUUUUCCCAUUUUUUAUAAGGGGCACUCAAGGCUGUGCUGUAAGGAAAAUUGAAGGGAGCCCAGUGCUCUGAAACUGCAAAAUCUAGGGUGCCCGGCAUAUGAUUUGCAUGAAAAAUCUGAGAUUUGCUAGUCACCUGAGGGAAAAAGUUAGGCACCAGGGGCCACCGGGCUCUGCUAGAGCACAGCCCUGGGCACUGGGUUUCUAGCAUGUCUUAGAUGCACUCUUCUAAUUUUUUUCUCUUCAAGGUAACUGCUUUUCUUUGUUUUUACAGGGCUGGUUCAGUGAAGAAUAUGCACUAGCUGAACUGCUUUCUAAGGCAAGUGUUGCAAACCAUCCCAGGCUUUCCAACUAUUCACCUGAGAGCUUGGCUUAUCGAACCAUUGCGCUCUGCAGAAUUGCCCAAAUUCUUGAUUCUGUAUUGUAUCUUGUGACUGGACCCUCAUUGUUGACAGAGCAGAGUUUUUGCCCAAAUCGAUACCAACUAGAUUCAUUCACAGAAUCUUCAUUUCUGUCUUCGUGGCUGUACCUGGAAUCAAAAAGCAGUUCACCUCCUAUCAAUUAUAGAACAGAGGAAAAGUCAGUAAGUGAAGCCAAUGAAAAGGUUGAGACUAAGUUGGAUAAAGAAGGAAACAACUUCCUGCAUGAAGGCAAUUUGAAGAAAGCGAAACAUUCACUGGCAUCUCUUGAAAAGGUCCAGGAACAACUCAAGGCCGUCAAAAGAAAGGUAUACAGGUUGAUGCUAGGCAGAAUUGCUGUUUAGGGAAAAGGACGACAUACACAAUAUGGAUGUGCUUGAUCGUAAUUCAAUACACUUGAAUCCCCAUGUGUGACCACAUCUCUAAAACACAAAAUUUUUCCAGUCAAAGUCUUAUGGCUGGAACCCUUCAUAAAUGACCACCUCUUGUGAGCAAUGGCAACCACUCUUUGGGUUGUUGGUUUUAUAAUUUUCCUACUAUGUUUUAACCCCUUGUAAGCAACAAAUUGAGGUAUGGUCUAAUCCCUAUGUUGUUGCUGUAUUAUACAGAAUUCUACUCUCAAAGUCUACAACAACAUGGAGCUACACCUAUAGUAACUUAGAAAUGAAAUGCAAUAAUUUUUUUUCCUGCUAAAAGUAGAUGUAUGUGAACCUCCCAAGGGACCCUCUGUGGGUCGAUUCUCAUAAGUGACCACAACAUCUUCGCAUUUUGGGGAUGAUGCCUCUAAUAUGAGAGGUUCAACUGCAUAAGCAAAUAAUUUUUUUUGAAAAUCUACAAUGUAAACAAAAUGGCCAGAGUCCCUUAAACUGCAAUUCAUGGUAUUAAAACUUGGAUCAGUUGAGGGAGUAACAUUGAAAUGUUGUGCUCGACGUCCUUUUUUCCUCUCCCUUUCAAUGUUGGCCUGGAAUUUGGACAAUUUCACCAAAAAAGCAUUACAAAACAACAUUGGAAGAGAGAAAGGCAGGUACCAGAGUGGUGUGAUCCAAGUUGAAUGUCCUUGAUUGUAAAAUUGAUUAAGAUACCUCUUACCACUUAACAUAUGUGUCUUCUUUGUAGAUUUGUUUUAUAGAAGAACAAAAACAGCUGCUUCACAGCAGCAUUCGAGAGCAGGAGUUAGUUCCUGCUGAUUUACUGGUAGGCAUGGAUGUUGGUGAUGUUAAGGUUCAGCGAAAUGAACUGUUACUGAAGCAACAGAAGCAAGAACAUUACAAACUCCACCUGCUUGCUUUAUUAAAGAAACUGAAAGAAGAUGAGAAACUUCUUACAAAGGUACAUGUGUGCAUCUUAAAUGAAAAUAAUGUGGUCCUGCUCUUAGGUGGGUCAUAGUUUAGUUAAAAUUAUCUGUUCGAAACUUCCCUUUUAUGGCAUUGUGAGACAAAUAUUGUACAUUUGUAUAAGUAGUUUAUUCCCUUGAUGAAUAAUGAUAACAAAGAUGAGAAAAAGCUGAAGUUGAUUGUGAUGAUGAUCAUGCUGAAAAUAAUAAUGAUAAUGAUAAUGAUAAUGAUAAUAAUAAUAAUAAUAAUAAGUAAUGGUAACAGGACUGAGUGGAGUCCAGUUCGGUCUGUAAUCACAAGUAUGAUUACAGACCGAAUUGGACGACAUGAAGUUCUGUUUCCAAUUAAUCAUAACUUUAACAAAAUUUGUGAGAUAAUAGGUUAUUUUUUAAAUCAAAACACAAAAUUCGAAAUUUUGUUGUGCUAGCGGUGAAAAAAAAAGCCAUUUAAGCGCGCACAUGAUGGCCCAUACUGUCCAAUUACUUAGGCAUGACUCGUACUGUCCUAUUAAACUGUCCAAUUAAGGCUGAAAUCAGGGUAGUUGAUAGCCAAUCAGAUUUGACAAUUUUGUUAUAGUUAUGAUUAUAAUAAUAAUUUUAUUCAACUUUAAAAAUAUGUACAUAAUUUACAGAAAUAUUGGAAGUAUGAAUUAAGCACUGUACAACAUUAAGAAUUAUAUAAAUCAUAAAACACUGUUAAUAAUAAUGCAGCCAUCCAAAUGCCUAUAUGAUCAGUGUAUUAAUUUUGAAAACUAACUCAACCCUGUGGAAAUAGAAAGUAAAAAAAAAUUGGCGUGAAAAAAUUGAGCUUGUUCUUGAGGAAGAGUAUUCUGCUGUUCUGUGGCAGUCUGGGAUAAUGGCUCUGGUCCAAAUUUCUACUGACACAAAGUCAUCUGCUUCCUGUGAAUACCCUUGGAGAUAUUUCCCUAUAAGAAAUACAGGGCGUCCAUUGUACUUUUUAGGGGUUAAAAUUGGUGGAUUGCUUCAUUUACCACUUAAAAGUGAAUCAGAGUUGUUGCCAUACUAUUAAGGGGCAUAUUUGAGUAUGUAGCUGAAACUAUUUCUUAGUAAACUUAAUGUUCUUUAUCUCUAUUGAAAAUUGUCAGUGCCAGUUACAUGCAAUUAGUCAUUUUAAAAUGAAUUUUUUGACCUCUAAUGGCUGAAAAUGUUUGUGAGUCAUUCUCACAUGCACGUGAUUCUCAAUCUUUGUUAACCAAGCCUUGUUUUAGCUAGCCAAACAAAAAUUGAUUUAUAACUGCAAAAAUGUUGUCUUCUAGAAAGUGGAAUGCUUGACAGAGGUAACAAAACAAGAGACAACAGAACCUCUCCAACAAAGCUCCUCUGCUCAGGAAAGAAAAGCAAUGCCACAGCAAGUUGAAGCAGCUCACAAAUGGACAAUACACUCUGCCAGUACCCCACUAAAUGAUAACAGCUCUACACGCUACAGCCUCUCAUCACUUUUGCCAAAGAUCCGAUUUCUUUUGCCACUGUGCAGUCAGCGAUGGCGCUUAGUUCAUGAGUUGUUACACACCACUGAGCUGUCUGCCCCUGAUUACAUGCCUGUAAUAACAGUGGAUCGACGAGUGCCAUUGGUGGAACGCCGUGCUGAAUUGCGUAGCAGUGUGUUUCUUCAGGUUCACCGUGAACUGAAGGGAGAGAAACUUCACUUUCGGUUAGUUGUUACUAUAACAUGAACUCUUUUUGUCCUUUUACAUGAGGCAUUUUACUUCUAGACUACUUUAUGGCGAGAUUGUCACUCCAAAUUUUAAAUCUGGAAAAAAUCGUAAGGUGUUCUUCAAGUUAAAAAAAAAACCACCUUUUUGUCAGAACUUUUGCAUAGUAUUUUUCUUAGGACUUUCCAGGAAGAUAUUUCAAAUUUUUUGUAAUUUUUGUUUUCCCUUUGGUUAUUAUCAGGAGAAAAUGGGUUACAUACAAUAUUCCCUGCCUGUAAGCUGGACACCCAUAUAACCUUUUCUCCUUGUCCACUCUUUGAGAGAGAACGUAUAUAGUCAUGUUAUUAAUGACAGAGAAAUAUAGUGAGGCUGCAAUGAGAAAACCAAUUAUAUCUUCCUUAAAGGGUUCUUCGCCUGAUAGGGAGUUUAGACUAGAGUUUAAAGAACGUCUGUUUAUAUAAGGACUGGCCUUUUGGUCAAGCUGUAGCUAGCAUUUACUAACGGGUAAGAGUCAUUUUAACUAGCGUGAAAAAAUUCUUGACCAGCAGGAUUGAUUACAGUUCUUCUAUAAUUUAAAUACCCUUAAAAAACUGCACUUGCCCAUCAUGUAGCAGCUGAACCAAGAAACCACAGGCUAAGGUGCAUGACUUUCUUUGCAUGCUGGUUUAGACAGUGCUUAUAAACAAAGUAGCAGAAUUAUUCCUGAAGCAGCCCACUGCUUAUAGAGGGCUUUAGAUUUGAGGACGAGAACGAGUGCGAGUCAAGAUUUAACUUGAAGUUUCUGUGUGCGUUCUAAAAAAAGGACACCCUGCUUCAAUUUACUUUUUUUCACCAAAAAACGGUUAUUUAUACUGAAGGAGGUUAGUUAAGAAGAUUGAUUACUUUUUUCCGCCAGUACGACAUUCUUGCUAAAACUCGUAGUAGAAUGACGACGGCUAUCACAUUUUCCUGCCAAAAUGACGCUGGUUCACGCGUGAACAAUACUCAGUAUUGAGGAAAUCUCGUAUUCGUAGUCGUCUUCGUCUCAGAGUCUACAGCUCUCUAUUGCCUUCAGCGCUUGAGACAGAUCUUUUCCUUAUUCCUGUGUGCCCACUGUCCAUUCCUUUGCAGCUGGAACAAGUGCAAGUAUGAUCAGUGGUGGGAAGUGAAAUUUGUUGGCGAGGGUAUUAUUGAUCAGGGAGGAGGAUUCCGAGACUCUCUGGCCGAGUUAGCGGAUGAACUCUGCCCAUUGGAUGAGAAUGUACCAGAAAUUCUGCCAUAUCUCAUCAGGACUCCAAAUCAGAAGGUAAUUAUCAAUCAAGCACCACAUAUUACAGUAAUCCACAGGUUUUGUUCGUUUUUGUAUUCGUUUUUGUACUUCUGCCAAACCCAUGGCCGAUGGAUGGUUGUGGGAUGGUGCCUGGACAAACUGAGUGAGUCAAAAGCGAACACGCAAGGUAACCAUCACAAUCCUGUGAGUGGCAACCACCAGACACCGUCACAUUGAGAGCUUCAGUGGAGAAUUUUGUAGAUACACGUUCAGAUGGAAUGGAUGAGUGGGAGCUAAACAGCCUAAAAUAUUACUUGCUAAAGGCAAUGUGAGGAAAAUGAUUUACCUCGACAGCAGCAAUCUAAAAAUUACUAAGGCUCUGCAAAUUCCCAAAGACCACCAUAUAUUUGAUUAGUGAGGGAGACCACUGGCCAGCAUUCUCUGCUCACCUAAAUUACAUUAAUUUUUUAUUUUAGCCACGUUAAAGCUAAUGUUGUUGUUGCAAUGAAUGCAUCAGUAAAACUGUUUGUGCCUUUUCUUUCACUUUCUUCAGGGGAAAGUUGGUGAUUUUCUGGAUUGUUUUAUCCCUAACCCUGGUUGUGAUGAACUUUACAUGUUUCAUUGGCUUGGAGUACUGAUGGGUGGAGCGUUUCGUAGUGAUGAAAGCCUUACUCUUGCCUUUCCUCCCUUUGUUUGGAAACUUCUUGUUGGAGAACAUGUCACCUGGGCCAAGGAUUAUGCUGCCAUUGAUGAAGCUGCUGUCCGUAUAACUGGUUAGAAAGACAACUUUUUAUUUAAAAUUGUUGAGAGCAAAUUAUUUGUUCAACUAAUUUGCAGAGGAAAAUUAUUGUACUCUUGUGACUCCUUUUUUAUGUACUUAGUUUAUACUUUGAUAAUGAUUGAAGUAUUAAUAGUUUUAAAAUGUUAAAUACCAACUGAUAUUGGUCGAAGGACUUUGUAAAAUUAAACUUGAGUAAACACAUCAAAGCAAAACUUAUCAUUUUUACGGUUCAGAGUUUGAUACUUUAAUAACAAUAGAAAUUUGGUUUAUAUCACCACUUGCAAGGCGCUACUUUUCCCACUCAAAAUGGAAAACUUGCAAUGGCUUGUUUGAUGGUGCAUUAGUGACAUUCUCGGUAGCCUUUGCCUGGCUCUCAGAUAGUACAACGUCGCAACAAUAAAACAAGCCGAGCAAAAAUAAGACGCGUGAUCUGGGGCAGAAGGUGGUGGCAUUGCUAUCUCUUCCCCAGCGCCUACGCGUUUUCGCGUCACUCUUUACUGCAGAAUUGCACUACCAUCUUGCAGCCAGGAACAGGCUACCUUCUCGGGAGAAGUUUUGCUUUGUCAUGCUUGGUUAUACUCCUGAAUGAAAUAAAAAUUUGAAAGAAGCGUUUCUCUAGCGUACAAUCAUGGGGUCUGAGAGGAGCAACAAAUGUUAAUUGUAGAAUUAAUGUGCUUCUUGUAAUUGUUAGUGAGCUGUUGUCUUAUAGCUUAUGAUAUUUUGCAAUGCAGAUGAACUAGAAGCCCUAGAUGAAGAUUUGUACAAAAGUAAUUAUGGUGACGAGUGUACCUUUUCCACCGUGUUAAGUGAUGGCCGUCGUGUUGAGCUACUCCCAGCAGGGGAGGGCAGAGUAGUGAUGCCUGAUGAAAGGAAAGAGUAUGCAUCUCUUGUCAGAAGAGCCCGGAUGACAGAGUUUACUAAGCAGGUAACAGUGACGACAACACUGCUUGUCGUCUGACGAGUGUGAUUAUAAGGUGGUAUUUUAAUCUUCACAAUAAUUGUGUGAUGCUUGAAUAUUACUACUUUCGGAAUCAUUUUGAGAUUUCUAAUUACAUCAAGGUUUUUUCGUUCCAUGGAUAAAAUGCUAUCAUGUUGAACGUUUGUGUUCAAACAAAACACAUUUUGUCUUGCUUGAAAGAAGACAACUAUUGGCAAUAGCUGGAACCUCUUUCUCUGUUUCACAUUAUAGUCUCUCUUCCUUUCUCUCAACCCUCUACCACACAAUGCUUUCUGGCAGGCCAGAAUGUUUACUAAAGACGAAAUGUGGCUACAAUGUUCUGUUUGGUGAAGAAGACGUUUGAUAAAAUCUACGCGUUAAGUGGCCUGUUCUACCUAUCGGCAAUGCUCCUAAAAAUCACUUAUUCUCCUUGCAGUUCUGCUCAGACACCUAAAUUCUGCUCGGUUUAGUACUUAAAGGCCCUUCGAGCCUUGUGAUUUUUGCAAAUAUGGGAGAGAGCAUAGGUCUAGCACUCAUUCUGCAUAGCAGAAUUGUAUUUCAUCUUACUUUGUGCAAUAUCGCUCCUUUUAGUGGAACAGGUUAAAUUAUUUCGUAGUAUCUUUUAUCUUGAUUUGUAUUUAAUUUUCAAUGUUUCUUGCAACUUUUAGGCGCAUUUUCCAUUAUUCUGCUCAAAAAUGCCUGAUCAGUUCUGCUGGUAGAAUUUUCGCCUUUGAAAUCGUCCAUUUUGCGUAAAAUUCUGCCGGCAGAACUUAUCCAGGCCUAAUGAGGAAUUACUCUGUUGACAGGUACAGGCCAUGAGGCAGGGCUUGAUGACUGUUGUACCUGAGUCAGUGCUUACUCUUCUGACUUGGUGUAAUCUCGAACGAGGUGUUUGUGGAGAUAGAGACGUCACUCUUGCGCAUCUCAAACCUGCCUGUAAGUAUGUUGAGCUUUGUGCGGUCAUACUGCCGCUAACGGCCGAAUCUGCUCCAUUAUUAUUCAUUAAAACCUCCAGGUUCCGAAAAAUACAAUAGCAAAUACAUAGUAAGAUAUGACCUAAUUCUAUUGCCUUGGCAGCCCCGAUGUCAAUAUAGCAUUUGUCAUAACAAAGUUUUAUCUCUAUCUAAUACAGCCGUGGACUGACUAUUUUUCGACAGCGUUGUUAAUGGUGGCGUGGGAAAUGCUCAAACUUGGGAGGUGUUACCCAGAAAAAAUCGAGUCAAGCCACCUUCCAGUCAAGCCAUUCUAUUGCUCUUUAAUUAGAAAGUAUAUCGGGAAUUGCGAGAAUCAAUCAUACAGUGUCUAGAAUAGGCCAUAUUCACGAUGACGGAGGUUAACUACAACUAUCAGAAUUCAUUUCGUUUCAGCUCUCUUAUUUAUAUUUAUCAAUCCCACUGAGUUUUAUCAAACAAUAGCCCUAAUUUACACACAAGAGCGAUAAACUGGCGGAAUCUUGUACUUGUAGUCACACUGAUAUCUUAGGAAGGGCGUUCGCCGUGUUGGAGCUCUCCUUUUUAGAGAGACGUUUGAACGAUGUAUUUGUUGUCAGGUAAAUACGGCGAUGAUUUAAGGGAAUCGUCGAAGACAGUCAAACAUAUGUGGACAGUUUUGAGUCAGUUCAGCUCUGAGGAGCGCAGCCGAUUCCUGCGUUUUGUUACCGGACGUAAGAGGCCGCCUGCCCCCUUCACUGUGGCCAAAGCUGGAGGAGACAAGGACAGCCUUCCCCAUGCCUCUACCUGCGCCAGUACCCUCUUCCUUCCUGACUACUCGUCUGCAGCCAUCGCCAAGGAGAAGCUCAGGUUAGCAGCAGGCAGAAAUCUGCUUUCAAAUCUUCAGUUUAUGAUAAUUGAGGGACUUGAAAAGAUAGGGAGCUUUAGCAACGACGGCUUCUAAGCAAAACAAAAACUCUGUACGUUCAGCACACUUUUUUCCCGUCACUGCAGGACUUCAACGUGAAAUUCCCUCACGGGACGUGUUAUGGAGGACGUAAACGCACCACGUCGAAUUUUUCUCUCCUUCUAAACUUGGUUUCGGGGAGGGGAGGGGAGGAACAGGCUACAUUUAGGUGAAAUUAUGAGAAGUAGAGAUCGUGUUGUUGUUAUGUCAGGUAACAUGUUUUUCUUGGGGUCGGGAUUUAUUUGGUGCGGGUGCAACCCACCAAGCAGGCUGUAAGGAAAAAUCUGUGUUAAAAUACAAUAUACUGAAGCAUCAUGUAUUUUAUUUUUUUAGCUAUGCGAUCUCAAACUGUGUGGCAAUUGAUACCGAUACCAGCCCCUGGUAAUAAAGCGUGAAUUGAAAGUUAGAAACGAAGAAGUCCUGUGGAGCUACAUGGAUGAAUUAUUACUGUGCAACCAACUCAACCUGGGCCACCGACACUUUCAAAUUUGCUUGCUUACCAUAGUCAGACUCGUUUGUUUUGAAUGCGACCUGUGUGUUGAAAUAGGUAACCCGGCCCGGCUGAGUUCGCUUCUCCGUGACUAUCAUUAUAGUACUAAUAUUUGAAUAAAUAUAGUGUGCAUUCACUUAAAAAAUAUAUCUAUAUCUAGGAAAAUUCAUUAUACUAGUCAAGAAAAUUCACACUAUUCACCAAACAGAAAGUUAUGCAGUUUAAAUGUCAUAAUUUAAACUAUUAAAUUUAAAAUUAAUAUCAAUAAUGGGGAAAUUCCGAGUUGUCUUAAGUCUCCUUUAAUUCUAGUUUCCUCGGUCAUUACCGACGUUCUUACAAGAUCGAGACCACCCAUAAUAUUAUAGAUGGAAAUCAGUUUUAUCCUGGCGAUAAGGUUAGCGUGACUUUUCAAUUUGUUCCCUCUUACUGGGAUCUGCUAGGCCUUCACGUUCGCGUGUUCCCUCGGCCACUGGAUAAUUUACCAGAUGACUACAAUUGCUUUACAUCUAGCGCUGUUUUUUAACCGAGAUGACAGGUAUUUCAGACGUGUGUAAUAGCAUAGACACUAUGUGUUACUGGGUUGUAGAUUUUUUCAUUUAGCAGAGAUAAAGUACUAGAUGAGGUAUUUUUAUUAAUUUCAAGGGACAACGCUCAAAAACGAGUGAAGUGAAACGUUUAACCCAGAUUUCUUGAGUGGAUUUCUAAUCCCAUAAGUUAUACAGUAACUCGAUGGACGUUAAUUUGAACGUCAAAGUGUGUUUUAAGACGAAAUCCAUCAGGAAAUUGAGUAAUUUAAUUUUCAGUGGACAAAAACCUUGUCCCAGAAUAAUUUAAACAAUAUCGCAUUUUUUUUAUAGUUUUGAAG